AAGAGGUGGCGACGAUGGAGAGGGGAGGGUCGAGCUUCGAUGGCGACGCGGCGGCGGCGGCGGAGGAGGAGGCGGCGUUGAGGGAGCCGCUGCUGCGGCGGAGAACCCUCAACACCACCUCGCAGAUCGCCAUUGUUGGAUCCAACAUUUGCCCCAUCGAGAGCUUGGAUUAUGAGAUUGUUGAGAAUGAUCUUUAUAAAGAGGACUGGAGAUCAAGAAAAAAAGUUCAGAUAUUUCAAUACAUAAUCCUCAAGUGGACGCUUGCACUCCUUAUAGGAUUGGCUACUGGAUUAGUUGGCUUCUUCAACAACAUUGCAGUUGAAAACAUUGCUGGAUUUAAGUUGUUGUUAACAAGUAAUCUAAUGCUGAAGGAUAAAUAUCAGGAAGCAUUUGCUGUAUAUGCUGGGUGCAACUUAAUUUUGGCAGCAGCAGCAGCAGCACUAUGUGCUUAUGUCGCCCCUGCAGCAGCUGGGUCAGGGAUACCUGAAGUUAAAGCUUAUCUUAAUGGAGUCGAUGCAUACUCUAUAUUGGCACCUAGCACCCUCUUUGUGAAGAUAUUUGGUUCUAUAGGGGGAGUUUCUGCCGGAUUUGUAUUGGGAAAGGAGGGCCCUAUGGUGCAUACAGGAGCAUGCAUUGCCAAUCUACUGGGACAAGGGGGGUCCCACAAGUAUCGAUUGACAUGUACGUGGCUCAGGUACUUCAAGAAUGACAGAGAUCGGCGAGAUAUGAUCACUUGCGGAGCUGCAGCAGGUGUUGCAGCUGCCUUUCGCGCCCCAGUUGGCGGGGUUCUCUUUGCACUCGAAGAAGCAGCAUCCUGGUGGAGAAGUGCUCUUCUUUGGAGGACAUUUUUCACGACAGCUGUGGUUGCUGUUGUGUUAAGAGCUCUCAUAGAAUACUGCAGAAGCGGAAAGUGCGGUCUCUUCGGCAAAGGAGGAUUAAUAAUGUUUGAUGUCAGUUCAAGUGUUACCACAUAUAGCACGCCAGAUCUGAUAGCCGUUAUUUUGCUUGGCGUCCUCGGUGGACUCCUUGGAGCCCUGUACAACUUUCUGCUGGAUAAGAUCCUUCGCUAUUAUAGCUUCAUCAAUGAAAGAGGCGCUCCGUUCAAGAUCCUACUAACGGUCACCAUCUCUCUCUUGACCUCUUGCUGCUCCUUCGGCCUCCCUUGGCUCGCCAAGUGCACGCCAUGCCCCCCCGACCUAGGCCACCAGUGCCCCACCAUUGGCCGAUCGGGCAACUUCAAGAGCUUUCAGUGCCCCCCGGGCCACUACAACGACCUUGCCUCCCUUUUCCUCAACACCAAUGACGACGCCAUUCGUAACCUCUUCAGUGGCGGCACUGAAAGCGAGUUCUAUAUCUCCACCCUCUUCAUCUUCUUUUUCGCUGUCUAUGCACUAGGCCUCGUGACUUACGGUAUAGCUGUCCCUUCUGGUCUCUUCAUCCCCGUCAUACUGGCCGGUUCUUCCUUCGGCCGCCUUGUCGGCACACUCCUCGGCCCUAUUUCAAGCUUGGAUAAGGGCCUUUUCGCCGUUCUUGGGGCCGCUUCUUUCCUCGGCGGGACUAUGAGAAUGACGGUCUCGGUUUGUGUAAUACUCCUUGAACUUACCAAUGAUCUUUUAAUGCUUCCCCUCGUGAUGCUCGUCCUCCUCAUAUCAAAAUCUGUAGCUGAUAGCUUCAACAAAGGUGUAUAUGACCAGAUCGUCAAGAUGAAGGGCUUGCCCUAUUUGGAAGCCCAUGCCGAGCCAUACAUGAGAAACUUGGUCGCAAGGGACGUCGUGUCAGGCCCGCUCAUUACCUUCUCCAGCGUGGAAAAGGUGGGAACCAUAGUGCAGGCUUUAACGUUGACGGGCCAUAACGGCUUUCCAGUAAUAAAUGAGCCGCCUUUCUCAGCAGCGCCCGAGCUGUGCGGGCUUGUGUUGAGGUCACAUUUGCUUGUCGUGCUCAAAGGAAAGAGAUUUACGAAAGAUAGGGUAUUGACUGGGGCGUCGGAGGUUUUCCGCAGGUUUGGUCCCUUUGAUUUUGCGAAAGCGGGGUUGGGGAAGGGCUUAAAGUUUGAAGACUUGGAUAUAAGCGAGGAGGAGACAGAAAUGUAUGUCGAUCUCCAUCCAAUUACUAAUAGAUCGCCAUAUUCAGUAGUGGAGACGAUGUCUUUAGCGAAGGCAGCAGUUCUUUUCAGGGAGCUCGGGCUUAGACACCUGUGUGUUGUGCCUAAGACCCCAGGGAGGCCUCCGAUCGUAGGGAUCCUAACACGGCACGACUUCAUGCCGGAGCACAUCCUCGGACUCUUCCCUCAUUGCAAGCGCCAUUAGGCGAGAUCUGAUCUCGAAACCGAUUCAUUUGUUACAUAAAUAGGUACAAUUUACUGCAUUAAUCAACACUCCUCACUCUCAUUAUAAGUGGUGUCUAUUUUGACAUUCCUUCAAUAAUUAUUCCCAGAAGAUAAUAAAUAAAUGUUACAUUUACAUCUUUAAUUUA